GAUUUGCGGCCCGAGCCAGAGCUCGGGGGCUGUCGGUGGGGACCCUGCAGGAGGGCACCCCCAGCCCGGCCAGCCCAGCCCAGCCCCUGAACGCAUCCCGGACCGGGUAGGACCCGGCGCGCCGCUUGCCAUGGCGGCGCCCUCGCGGCUCUUAAUCCGCGGGGGUCGCGUGGUCAACGACGACUUCUCCGAGGUGGCCGACGUGCUGGUGGAGGACGGCGUGGUGCGGGCGCUUGGGCACGAUCUGCUGCCUCCCGGGGGCGCUCCUGUGGGGCUGCGGGUCCUCGACGCCGCCGGCAAGCUCGUCUUGCCGGGAGGCAUCGACACACACACGCACAUGGAGUUCCCCUUCAUGGGCUCGCGGUCCAUCGACGACUUCCACCAGGGCACCAAGGCUGCUCUCGCAGGAGGCACCACCAUGAUUAUUGAUUUCGCCAUUCCUCAGAAAGGUGGCUCCCUCAUUGAGGCCUUCGAGACCUGGCGAAGCUGGGCUGAUCCCAAAGUUUGCUGUGACUACAGCCUUCACGUGGCAGUGACGUGGUGGAGUGACCAGGUUAAAGAAGAAAUGAAAAUCCUUGUGCAAGAUAAAGGUGUUAACUCUUUCAAGAUGUUUAUGGCCUAUAAAGAUCUGUACAUGGUGAGAGACCUGGAGCUGUACGCAGCCUUCUCUCAAUGCAAGGAAAUUGGAGCAAUUGCCCAGGUCCAUGCAGAAAAUGGAGACUUAAUUGCAGAGGGAGCAAAGAAGAUGUUGGCUCUGGGGAUAACAGGCCCUGAGGGUCACGAGUUGUGCCGCCCAGAGGCAGUGGAGGCAGAGGCCACGCUGAGAGCCAUCACCAUAGCCAGCGCUGUGAACUGUCCUCUCUACAUUGUGCAUGUGAUGAGCAAGUCUGCAGCUAAGGUGAUAGCGGAUGCAAGGAGAGACGGGAAGGUGGUCUAUGGCGAACCCAUAGCGGCCAGUCUUGGCACAGAUGGCACACACUACUGGAAUAAAGAAUGGCACCAUGCCGCCCACCAUGUCAUGGGUCCACCUUUGCGACCAGACCCCUCAACACCCGACUUCCUCAUGAAUCUACUGGCUAAUGAUGAUCUAACCACAACAGGGACUGAUAACUGCACUUUCAACACCUGCCAGAAAGCUCUUGGGAAGGAUGAUUUUACCAAGAUCCCCAAUGGGGUGAAUGGUGUUGAAGAUCGGAUGUCAGUAAUAUGGGAAAAAGGCGUGCACAGUGGUAAAAUGGAUGAAAACAGAUUUGUGGCAGUUACCAGCACAAAUGCAGCCAAAAUCUUUAACCUCUAUCCAAGAAAAGGAAGAAUAGCUGUAGGAUCAGAUGCUGACAUUGUUAUUUGGGACCCAAAAGCCACAAGAAUGUGGGAAAAAGGAGAGAAGGGGGCUGUUGAAGAGGAGGCUUCAUAGAAUAAUGAAUCUGGAAGAAUUCAAGGAGAAAACAUGUUUGUUGUCGUUCACGUUAAGGGAGAGAGAUUGUUGCAGAAACUGUAUGCUGAGCCCUUAUCUGGGUCGAUCAUAGCACCAGCUUUCUCUAUUCUUGGCCUGGUUGUUAUGAGAAAGUUGCUCAUCUGGGCUGGCUGUUCCCGACCAAAAUUUAUGCUGAUGACCUCAACUAGGACCUUUCUGAAGUGCAACAAUAUUUUUAGACUUUUCUAACUGUCCAUGAAUCAUCCAUAGCUUUCCACUGUCCUUAGACACUACCCCUACCAUCGUCACCGUCUGCCUCUUCUCACCUUGCAGCCUGAGUUCUACUGAAUCCCGCAAACCCACUUACAAUCCUGUACCACCAUCUGUCUUCCUUUUCUUUCUCAUUAAUAUUCUUGAGGUCUAGUUCCAUUUUUUAAAAUAAAUGUUUUAUUUUAGAAUAUUUUAGAUUUACAGAAAAGUUGCAAAGAUAGUACCAGACAGUUCCGAUGUACCCCAUACUGGUUGCCACUAUUAUUAUCUUACAUUAGUAUGGUACACUUGUCACAAUUAAUGAACCAAUACUGAUAUGUUAUUAUUAACUGGAAUCCAUACUUUAUCAUAUUUCCUUAGUUUUUGCCUUUUUCCCCUUCCGGGAUCCAAUAUUGCAUUUAGUGGUCCUGUGUCCUUAGGCUCCCCUGACUUGUGACAAUUUCUCUGACUUUGAUUUUGAUGACCUUGACAGUUUUGAGGAAUAUCGAUCAGGUAUUUUGUAGAAUGGCCUCUGUUGUAAUUUUCCUGAUGUUUUUCUCAUUAUAAGCCUCUGGUUGUGGGUUUGGGGGAGGAAGGUCACAGAAGUAAAGAACCAUUGUCAUCACAUCGUAUCAAAAGACAUACUGUGAGCACGACUUACCACUACUGGUGUUUACCUGGAUGAACUGGCUGAGGUGGUAUUUUCCAGGUUUCUCCACCAUACAGCUGUUUCCCCCACCCCUUUCCAUGUUGUAUUUUCUGGAAGGAAGUUACCAUGUACAGUCCAUACUUAAGGAGUGAGGAGUUAUGCUCUCGAUUUUUGUUUUAAUUGAUCCUAUAUGACGUAGGCCUAGCUUGGUUCAGCACAGAGAAGAAGCACAAUAAAUGUUGAACAGGUGAAUGAGAAGGAUGCAGUCUUCCACACUGCAUGGAAGAUUGGCAGGACUAAGAAAUAGCAUAAAUGAAAAUUAGAAAGAUUUUAUUCAGCACCGGCUAUGGUGAGAGGAAAAGUAAGAAUAGCAUCUUCCCAUUUCAUGCUUUUUACUUACUGCAUGUGAUCAAUACAUGACUGUGUUGAAAGAAUGAAUAGAUAAAGAUGAAUUUAAGUAGAAAAGAUUUAUUACCAAGGAGAGGAGGAAGAACUGUCUCACUGGUCUUAUUUUCUUUAAGUGCCCCUUCAUAUUUUAGGUUGGGAGCAAUGAGUUUGUUAAGCAGAGCUCUUAGAAGAAAUGAAGUCAAAAGAGUUACCUUUGUGUGCUCCUUCAUUCACAAAUUCCCUCUGCACAGGAGCACCUCGGCAAGCUGCAGGCUGAGGGUCAAGCUUAUACAACAGCCACGCCCUGCCUUUAAGAAGCUGACAGUCUAGGAGAGGAGAGGAGAUGUAAAGUCAAAUAUUCUCAGCCUAAGAAGGGAUGGGUUAAGAAUAUCACACGAGAGGCAGAAACAAGAUGCCUUAGAAGUUCGAAGAAGAAAGAUCCUUGUGGAGUUAGAGCAGUCAUCGACAUGAAAUCGUAUGAGAAAGGUGAGUAGAUAACGUGGCUCUGUGACUCAAGACUAAACAUGGAGGUGAGAUAAACCAAGGCAUUGAUAGGGGGUUCCAGGAGGAAGCAGUUAAGGCUGGGGAUUGCACCACAGAGAGAACAGGUUCAGGCUGUAGAAGGAAAUGAGAAGGUGAAGAGGUUGUGGCUGUCUCCACUUUCAAUUGUGUUUAUCACAGACAGAGGCAAUUUUAAAUAGAGUUCACCUUGUAGAGAAGUGUUAUUUAAUCAAAUGAAUAAAUGAAUAUAUCUAUAGGGUUUUUUUUUCUUCUUGUAAUAAAGGCCUCCCUUUUAAAUUUUACCUGCCUGAUUUUAACAUUAAAUGCAGGCUGGUAAUGUGCAGGCUUUUUGUCUCACCACAGCAUUAGAUAUUGGCCCAAAUUUUCCUACAAAAUUUCCUCAAACGGUUUUAGCAAAAAUAACUGCCCAGCCGACUCGUUAGUAUCUAACAGGAAAGCAACAUGCAUUGUACCCUAGAUGCUGAAGGGGGCGCCCACAGCCCACACUGAGCUCGGCUGGCUCCAACCAGGCCAUUCGAGCUGCUGGUUAUGCAAGAACAAGCCAGCCCCUGGAGAACGGAUGCAUUUGCUAAUGAUUUUUGGCUUCAUGGUACACAGAUGUUUUCGUUUUUAAAAUUCUUGUUACUUAUUAAUGGCAUGUAGACGUAAGUGUGCUUGCCACACAAUCUGUAGCCUUAAAAAUGGACCACGUUAGAGUUACCAGGGGAGACCAGUGGAAAGAAAAGCAGGGCAGCCAUGCUUAUUUUUUCCUUUUAAAUCUGUAAAAAGCGAGAUGAUUCCAAGGUGAGGAAUUUGACAUAUGGUGAUGGAUGGCAAGAGAGAAUUGGGAGUGGGCGUAGUAGGGAAGGUUUGGACAUCCUGAUGAAAGAUUACCUAAGACGUCACUAGCCUGUAAAAAGUUCCUGCAAAAAUCAACUGCAAUAGCUCUUCUGUGUCAUUGCACAAUAAAGAACAAACUGCAUUUAGUGUAAAGGGAGCAUUCACCUUUUUCGGAAAUAAAAGAGCCUGCUGUAUUCAGCUUGACGGCUCAUUGAGCUGGUGUCUAUUGCUUAUGAUGGAAGUAUGUGUCCUACUGCUUCACUACUUGGGUCAAAGCUUCAAAUUUAAGGAUGUUUUCAGUUUCUGAAUGUUUGACCCAUUUCUGUAGAAGAUCUUGAUACCUGGAGUCAGGGGAAGAAAUCAGGAACAUGCUUUUCAUGUGAUGUUAAAACAGAAUCUUGUGGUGUCAUGUGGUCAAGACGGAGAUCAGGCAAAUUGGCCAACUUGUUAAAAAUCUUAUUAGAGAGAGUGGCAUGUCAGUUACUUGCAAGCCCAUAGCUGCAGCAGUAACUCAUGUUCUGGCAAUUUAAAACUAUCCUCGGAGCUUCAGUUCUUUGGUAUUCAUUAAAUAGCACUUAGUUACUAUGGUAACUGUCCCUUUUCAGUAUUUAUGAGCUACAGGGUAUCUCACAGAAUCUCAAGCACACAAACACACAGCUAACACAUUGUGUGUACUGGAACAUUUAAUGAAGACUUCUAGCUGGACCGUAUUCUGCAGAGCAGACAUGUUUUCAUUUAUUAUUUUUUAACUCAAUUAUGGCAGGCUUUGACCUUGAAUACACCAUUCUUGAAGGCAUUGUGCCAUCUUUCCUGCUUAAUUUCCUUCCCUUUCUCAUUGAAGAUGGAGAUAAAUGAAUUUAACUUUAUAUUCAGUGAAGAGUAAUGGCUUGCAGCUUAUGAUGGUGCCCUUCUGGAUUCUAGAGGGGGCCUUUUGUGUGAAAUAAAGCGGGGGAAGAAUAACUGUCAUCCUUGGGUGGUAGGGAUUGUAGGGCGUGGGGAGGGAGAAGAAAGGAGGAAUCAGGUACCCUUUGGCAAAGAGUGAUGGUUAUGGCUUAUUAGGAUAGCUACAUCACCAGUGACUGUCUCACAGAAGCUAUGAGGCAUUUUCCCUUGAAGUUGCACAUUGUGUAUCCUCUGACUCAUUUGUGCAUUAUAAUCCUCCUCUUCCUCAAAGAAAGCGUGCGCACACACACACUCACAUGCACAUCAGCACAGCAGCCUGGGUUCCUGCUUAUAACAGUUGAUCAGCCUGAAGAUGCUGCUUUUCACGCCUGUUUCUGAGAGUGUCUGUCACUAAUGCGCCUGCCACUCCCCACACCCACAAGCAUCCCAGUGUGCAUUGUGUGGGUCUUGUCCUGGGUGCAUAAGUGGAAAUGAAUAUGAUUUAUGCCAUGAUUUGUCACUGUGAUGUCUUAUAACACAACGUCAGGGCUGCAACAUGGUGUCAGGGCUGCUGCCUAAUGUGGUUCAGGUUGUGCUUUUGCACAGUUACAGGGGCACUCUUCACAUCAUCGUUACCACGGAUAUAUGUGGAUAGUAAGAUAGCUAGAUAUAGACACAGGUAGUAACUAUGCCAGUUUUCUAGCAUAUGAUAGCAAAGCACCUUGAGGAACAAAUGUCUUUUGCUAAUCCACACAAAAUCAAACCUGCCAUCUGGGCUAUUGGGGGAGCGGUACCAUAGAGUGAAGAGAAAGGCUUUGGUGUUAAAUUCCUAGUCUGCCGCUUAUGAGCUGGGUAUGACUUUGGGUAUGUCAUUUAAUUUUUCUGAGUUUCAAUUUUUUUGUUUGUAAAAUGGGCAUGAUAAUGCUAUUUAUUUCCUAGCUUUGUUGUGAGCUUUAAGGUCGUGUCAUAAGAUGCUUGGUGCAUAGUCAGUGUUCAGUAGCACUUGGCAUGUAGUAGGUGGUCAGUGGUAAUAGAUAAUAGUAGUAGGUGGUCAGUUUGUGGAAUGAGUGGGAGCUCUUAUUAGCUAUAGCUGUGAGUCAGAAAUCUUUGUAUAAUGACUUAAUUCAGACAGGACCAAAAGAUAUUAGAAUUAUAUUUCAUAUAAAAACUCCGUCUCCCAGGUUUCUUGCACACCUUUAAUUUUCACCACUAAAUUUCAGAAUGACUAAAAUUAAGAAGCUUAGAUGGAUUGUUUUGGUUAAGAGAGCCUGAGCCUCCAGAACUGACACCUUUUAAAAAUUAUUACUAGUGAAACUGUUCAAACAAACCUCCUAAGAUUCAUUUUGUGGCCUUCAGAAGACAUUUGCUUUAAAAAAAAAAAAAAAAGUUUGGGCUAUGCAUGAAAAAAGCUAGCUUUGCUGGUUACGUAUGCGUACAGUUUUAACCACUCUUUGUUCCAAGUUGUUUAUUUAAACAUAUUUCUAUGCAACUGAACCUUUCAAGUGAACUAGAAAUGAUUUCUGGGGACUUUACCACCAAUAGCUGCAUUUUCCCCCAAAUUAUAAAAGAAAAGCAGCUUAGAAUGAAUCGCAGUAACCCAUUCUAUCACUGAUCAUUUGGCUUGGCCAGAGUAAGCAGUUUAUUUUCAGCAUUAGCAUUGGGCAAAAAAUAAGCACCAAGCGAGUCUGUGUGAAAGACAUAGGUUUUCCUAACUAAGCACCUGCUGUAUUUUUCUUCCUACCUGACAUAGAUUCUAUGUUUUUAUAUCUUUGACAUUUGCUUGUAUUAUUUACAACUGUAUUCCUAGGUUUCAGCACAGUUCCAGGUAUAUAUAGAAGCUCAAUAGUCAUUUGUUGAGUGAAGAAACCAGAUACUAAUGGACAAAUGUGUGAUUUAACAUUUUUGUCUGAACUUUAUCUGCCCAUGGAACUGGUUCAAGAGCCAUGUUUUACAUUUUUCCCCCUUUGAAUUAAAAAGAAGAGAAUUCUCAGCACUUCUGUCUUCUUUCCCAAAGCAGUGCUUGACAAAGAUGCAUCCCAGAGAUAGUGGCUAGUUGUGUCACCAGACCUGUCCAUGCAUAUGGUUUACACCAGGUCAGAUCCUUCUGUGGGUCAAACAACUCUGUUUUUUGGACUCAGACUCAUCUCUAAUUCCGGCCAGUUAUUUUAAAAUUAUGGCCAUUAGUUAUGGAGGAAGCAGAGGACAGAGUGAAAAUGGUUCAAAAGAAAUUUAAUAUCAGUAUCUGAAAAGAAUCCCAGGGUCCUUAUAUUCUUAUUGUACAGCAAAGAGCCUUGUCUUCCUACAAAGGCCUUAGAAGAAGUCAUCUAUAAAAAUGGUCCCCUCCCUCGAGAAGACUACAGUGGAAGUCUAUUUGGAGGCAGUGAGUAAUUCAAGGAAGGGCCUGCAUUUUAGUGGCCUGACCGAAACACCAAAAAACUUAAGCUGAUUUACUUUUUUUUUUUUUUUUUUUUAAAGAGCAGACCUUCUCAAAGCAUGGUUUCUGGACUAGCAACAUCAACAUCAUCUGGGAAGUUUUUAGAAAUGCCAACUCUCAGCCCCUACCUCAGCUGCUGCCUCAAAAACUCCAGGAGCUGGGUCCAGCAAUCUAGGUUUUCAAAGCCCUCCAGGGACUUCUGAUACACACUCAAGUUUGAGAAACACUGGUUUAGAGUCCUAGAAUUAGAUAAGACGUUGGAACUCAAAAAGUCCAAUUAGCGCCCCCAGAUGGAGUUCUCUAUAGUAUCUCUAUAAUGCAGAUGUUAUAGGUUUGCUUGAUUACUGCUGGUUUCAGGGAACUUACUACCUAACCAAAUGGUCCAUUUCUUUCUGGGAUGCCUGUAAUUAUGAGGACAUUCUUCUUUUGGUUGCAUUAAAAAUUAUCUCCUCUUAGCCCUUCACAUGUUUAUCCUUUGGAAUUAUGCAGAAUGUAUCUACAUUCUCAUAUGAUAGUCCUUUCAUUUAUUCAUUCAAAUGUUUGAAGAAGUUAUUGGCUCCCAGUAAGCCUUCCCAUCAUGAGAUAUGCAUUCCCAGGUUCUUCACCAGAUCCUUAGGCCCAUGAGUAGCAAAAUCCCAAUGACCUGACUACUCCUGUACCCUCCCUUCUCUUGACACACACUUGUCCAUGUCCUGCAAACAUGUGAGUCCCAGAACUAGACAUGUUCCUACCUGUAAUACCAUCAGAGCAGGAAUAUCUGAGGCUGAUUAGUUUGAUAACUAAAUGCAGAACUUUGCAUUUUUUAAAAUAACAUUUUUCUUGAAUGCACCUUGUACAUCCAAAACAGUAAUUGUGAGCAACUGCAUGAGAUUUUAAUAUCUUACCACAUUUAUUCAGUGAGUAACUUAAAAACAUAUUGGGUCUUCUCUGAUGUUUAUGUUAAAAUGACUAGGAUUAUAGUAAAUGGUUGCUUUCUGUGUUACACUUUUAAGUCUCUUUGAGUAGACAGUAAUUUACAAUGUCCAUAAUUUUUUUAAAAAGUACAAUUUUAAUAUAAACAAAAGGUACAAAGAGUACUAUAGCUAACACUUGUGUAUUAACCUUCCCAGGCCUGCCUCCUUCCUCAUCUCAACAACUACCUAAUUUGGUGUUUAUCAUUUCCAUGCAUUUCUUUCUAUUUACUAUAUAUAGAUGCAUUUCU